GCGUUGCUUGUGCCCGUGCACGCAUAGGCAUACGGAGCCGGGGGCAUGCUGCAGCGCGCCAAGUACAACCGCUUCCGCAAUGAGUCGGUGACAUCUGUCGACGAGCUGCUGCUCCACGGCCUUCCCAUGAAUGCCAAGGUGCCCGCUGGCGCCCCGGUGCCUGCUCCGGACCCGCCGUAUUCACCCGCUGUCGAGGCCCCUCCCCCCGAAACGGCCGAGGACUCAGGCACUGCCCUGUGCACCCUCAUCAACAAGGUGUCCAGUCUUAAAUUCACUAACUCAUCUGGCCUGCUGGGCAUCAAAGGCCUACCGUCGGCCGUCAAGGACCUGGCUGUGUCCAAACUUCAAGGAGGAGGUGGAGGAGUAGGAGGAGGGGGAGCAGGAGGAGGGUCCACGGGCAGCCCGGCAUCUUCCUCCAGCUUCUCGGCAGCCACAGGGGGCAUCUCGUGUGCUUCUGCCACCUCUGGCCACCACGAGCCAGGCUCUAUGAGCACUGGGAAGAAGGGAAGGAUGGAGGAGGCGCAGCCUGGCGCAGAGGACUGGCACGCCGGUGGUGUGGGUGGCAAUGGUGGAGAAUGCGCAGGCCUGGUGAAUAAACCCUCACGAGGAUGGCUGCACUCCAGCGACAAGAUCGCGGGACCUGGAGUGUCGUACGUUGUAAAGUAUUUGGGCUGUAUAGAAGUGCUUCGGUCCAUGAGAUCCCUCGACUUCACCACAAGAUCUCAAAUAACAAGGGAGGCCAUCAGUUUGGUUUGUGAGGCAGUACCUGGCACCAGAGGAGCACUGCGCAAGAAAAAGCCUCCCUCAAAAGCACUUUCUAGUAUUUUGGGGAAAAGUAACCUGCAGUUUGCUGGCAUGAGCAUCAACCUGAACAUCUCAAUCAGCAGCUUAAACCUAAUGACCCCCGACUCCAAACAGAUAAUAGCCAAUCACCAUAUGCAGUCGAUAUCCUUUGCCUCCGGUGGAGAUCCGGACACGACUGAUUUUGUUGCUUAUGUAGCAAAAGAUCCAGUUAAUCGCAGAGCAUGUCAUAUUCUGGAAUGUUCUGAUGGUCUGGCCCAGGAUGUGAUCAGUACGAUAGGGCAGGCGUUCGAUUUGCGCUUCCAGCAGUACCUUCAGUGUCCCUCCAGCAAGCUGUCAGCCAUACACGAUAGGGUGCUGAGUGUUGAGGAGCCUUCCUGGACUGAAGAAGGGGAGGAGCCUCCUGACCACUCAUAUUAUAACAACAUUCCUGGCAAGAUGCCUCCUCCUGGAGGCUUCAUUGAUGCACGCUUAACCAAUCAGAUGCCAGAGAGCAGCCAGGGGGCCGGAGUAGACCAGACAUACUAUCAAGGCAGGCCUUUACUUGUCCAACAAGUAUCCUGUGACAUAUACAGUUUGCCCGAGGUCAAAGGACAGAGCCCAAAACUCAGUGAGGUUCCAACAUAUGUGAACACGCAGCACAUCGAUCCACAGGUGCUGGCGGCACUGCAGGGGGACACGGAGGCCAUCGCUGAACCAUGUGGGGGUGCCACAGCCAAAGACAGCCCCAGGAAAGACCUUUUUGACAUGAAGCCGUUCGAAGAGGCGAUCGUGACUCAGUCCCCGUCAUCGUCGGCAUCUGUGUUAAAUAAGGUAUCGUCGGUGGAUAACUGCAGCCCGGUGCUGGCGCGCUCGGCCCUGCGCUCCCUCCCCGAGCUCGAGCAGCAGAGCUGGUACCAUGGAGAGAUGAGCCGCCACAACGCCGAGAAACUCCUGCGCAACGACGGAGACUUCCUGGUGCGCAAAAGCACCACAAACCCGGGCUCAUACGUGCUGACGGGCAUGCACAACGGCCUCGCCAAACAUCUGCUGCUCGUCGAUCCAGAGGGCACGGUACGAACUAAAGAUCACAUUUUCGAAAGCAUCAGCCACCUGAUUGGCCAUCACCGCGAUAACAACCUACCAAUCGUCUCGGCAGGAAGCGAACUGUCGCUGAAGCAGCCCGUCGAAAGAAAACAGUGAAGCUAUCCAUCCCUGCGUGAACGGAUCAAACAAACUGUACAGCGGGAGCAGGGUCAUUUCCUGAAACCUGAUACUUGAAGAUAUUAGUGCGGGAAGACGACGUAGCGGACGAAGUCGGUUUUACAGCAAAGCCUCCAAUCGUCCAAUCGCCUUUUUGGACCACGCGAAUAGAGAUGGCGGCUGAUUUCUAGAAAUGUUCGAAUUAUUUUGUUUGUGAUGACUGAAAUUCUAUAUUUUUUGAGAAGACACGGUCGCAUUCAGGCUUAUCUGUGUUUUAAAACUCAAAAGGCAAAAUAUUUGGAUGACUGCGAACUCUUCGUGAGACGAGAUAACAAAAGAAGUAUUUUAGAAUAACUUAAAAAAAAGAAGUUUUAGUUUUAUCUAUCAAGCACAACCAGAUUUACAUGUUCGUUGGUAAGAGUUAGAUGAGAUACAAAUAUUUGAGGGAAAAAAACAAAAAAGCGUCGUUUAUAUCGAAAUAUUUUAGAAGUCGUUCUUUAACUGCAGCUAGUGCCAGUGGCAGGUGGUUCGAUCCUAUCAGAUCGCAGUCGGGUAUGCUUUUAUGGAGGAGGAUAUCAGUGUACUCGCUUAAACCGUAGACACACACAAACACACACAUACACAAGGCUUUAAAGUACUGACACUUUUCUAUGAUGUUGAAUCCUGUGGCAGAGCACUCGCAUGACUUGAAAAAAAAAAAAAAAAGUGAAUUGUUCUCGUGGUCAUCGUUCGUAGCCUUCAAAGCCCACUGACAGGUGCUUGUGUAUGCUGACGAUGUACAAUAUUUAUGCUUUUAUUCCGAAUAUUAACAAUUGAAUUUGGUUCAUUCUUUAAACUUGUAAAAAAAAAAUAAGGUGUGUAGUUUAUUAUGUUCAGAGCUUCUUUUAUACCAUGGAUGUUCUAUCAUUUUAUGGCUUUUCACGGCUUGAUUGUGGGCUUUAAACACACACACACACACACACACACACACACACACACACACACACACUCUGAUAUUAUUUACAAUGAUAUAACGGAUAGCACAAACAAUGCAUCAAUCCAGAGUUACAACAGUAAUUAGUGCAUAUAAACAUUGAUAGCAAUUGUUAGCUAUAACACGAUCAGUGAUUGGAUAAUUAAUUUGUUAGCAUCCAAUCAGAUUCUGGGUCAUUUAUUUAUCGAUUUAUUUAUUUAUUUAUUUAUUUAUUUAUCUAUUUAUUUAUUUAUCGAUUUAUUGAAAUUUUUUAAAUCGCAAGUUAAGAAAUCGAAGCGCAUGCCAAUGGCUUUAGUGAGUCGGGUUCAUAGAUUGUCCCUCGUGAACACGCUUUUAUUCACCAACACUGGACUCUUGUUUCUUUUCAUUUUCUUUCUUUCUUUCUUUCUUUCUUUCUUUCUUUCUUUCUUUCUUUCUUUCUUUCUUACAUAAAUGUGAGUCUUCAUUUCAAAGGAAAAACUUAACCACAAGUACUUGACAAGUCUUUCCAAAGUAACUCAGACAAAACGGCGUACCGGGUUCAGUUCCGUCCUCUUUUCAAGAUGGCCGCCGGAGAGCGUUUCACUAUGUAUGAAAGUAAUCAUUCACCUAUGCAAUUACACACGUUAGUUGAUUAUAUUACAAAACAGUAGAAUUAGGAACAUCUUAUUAAUCCUGGAGACACGCACCGAAAUUUGUGUAAUAAUAAUUUCUAUUUAUCGGUCUUACAGUUAAGAUAGGACACUGCAUUACCAAGUAGUGAAUGUAUUUAUACUUCAGUACUUGCAUAGGAAAAAAUGGUUAUUUUCAUAUACGCUGAAGUAGAGUUAAAAAAACGCGGGCUUGUUCUUUUUGGAUAUUGUGAUCAUUUCUUAACCACACACUGGACACCUAAUAUUGAUGUAUUGAUAUAUUUUUCACAUAAAAUACACAAAACUGCAGUAAAGAAACCUGAAAGUAA